AUGAUGAACAACGUUCGCGACCCGUCUAGGCUUCGCCUGGGCCUGAACCCACUACUUACAACCUCUAUUGCGCCUGCUUACCCUCAACCCGCCCCGCUCUCGGCCAUCUCGUUGAGCUCCAAUGUGCAAUACCCUCUGCAGACCCCGGUGAGCGCAAUUCAACCAUACAACCCGCAGGAAUGGGUUGCGUCUCCCAUGGCAGGCCCAGAGCGGAGCCAUACCUUCGGUCAUGAUCAACAACCCGUUUCGCCUCCCCCUCCGCCACCUUACAGUCCUCCAAGAAGCCAGCAACCUGUAACCCAGCCUUUCGAGCCUGUUACCGCCAACACCUCGGCCGCGCGCAUUCCUCCGUCGAGCCUCAAUGCCCACAGACCUUCUCCUGACCCUCCAGCACCCACCACAAACUUUCCGCCUCCACCUAAUUCCUCUGGCCGGGGUGGGUCAAGGGAGCGGAGGUUCGGUCUGCCAUCUCUCACUCGCCGACGAGACCAAGAACGCGAUCAGCAUGCUCAGGAUCCGUCUGCGAGACACUCCAUGUGGGGUCUCUCAAUUCAAAUUCCUUCUCAGCAAGAACAGCAGAGGAUCAAUGCCACCCAUCCCCAUAUCGCUCCUCCAAGUGCCCGCCGAGCCGCCUCUGCUGGCGCAAUCGAAACGCCGACAUCCGCCCGGUCCCGACCGAAUUCGCGGUGGGAACCGGGCAUGCCCCUUCCUCCUCCUCCACCCGGGCCCCCGCCGUCGCAGUCAAGGUCACAGAGUCUCCAGCCCUCUGACAGGAGUAGCGUGCCCGUUGCCUCUCCGCCAACGAGACGGCCGCCGCCAAACGGAGUGACGGCCUUGGGCCCCGUGCCGCCUACACCCGCCAACUGGGUCGACGAGGAGAGCACCCCAAAUCAAGCGAAUGACCCAUCGCGCCUCCAGUCCCCUCCACAGGCCGUCGACGCUUCCAGUGUCCAUAGCUCGAACCAACCAGAGGAGUCGGUUGCGUCGUGCACAAGCUCAGGAGGUAACCUGACAAGAACUGGUGCCGUCAGGCAUGACAAGACCAUCAUCCAAAGACGCGCCGAGAGCAGGACUAGGAGGAAUUCCAUAAAUCCAGAUGACACCUCGCUUUCGGUUUCUGAUAUUGUAGUCCCUUCUUCGACAACCCUCUCCUGUCGACUGACAAUUAACAAAUCUACUCCAAGAAGUGCUGGUAGGGCAAAUUUUGAAGCCGGGGAAAGCUCCAGCCAUGCUCCGCGAACAAACUUGACUCCACGGCCUCUGGGGUCAUCUCAAAUAUCUCAAACUGACACCGGCACUCCGCCGUUCUCACCACGAGGUCUCAAAGCGACUCCCGCCACUGCCGAAGCGUCUCCUUCCAAUGCGCCGAAAACUCAUCCGACACCACCGCCGCGGACAAGAUCUACGUCCUCCGAUGCCCGUCUCGCCACACCAGCAGAGAGUCUGCGCCCGCCUCCAUCGGGCGCGUCGCUCCCGCCCACGAGGCAAGCGAUUGUGAUGCAGUCUUCAGACCAGUUUACCAGGGAGACCAUUGAUCGAUUCAAGCUAUUCGCCAUGCGGGAGGCUUCUGCCGAAACGGAUGCGGAACGAGUACGGCUUUUUGCGGACUUCAUCGUCAGCGAGUCGCGGAUACGUCGUGAGAGGUAUGGCGGAGCGAUCGCUGCUAUGGGCUCCGAAAUUUUCGAUCUCACGAGAGACCUCUUCCGCCCCAUGACGGCGCGGAGAGAGUCGGGGACGUCGUGGUGCGGGGAUUCGACACCCCAAUCCGCGGCACCUAAUUCAGCGCAGCGCAUGUUGAUACAUCCCAAUCAACCCGAAGGUGCGACUAACUCGGCGCCUCCGUCGGCUACGCUCCCACAAUCCCCAGCGCCCGGGGGCACACCUACGAAUGCGAACUGGGGCACUAAUGGAUACAUGCCUUCGCUGUCGCCCAUCCUCAGCAUGAGCAAUGUGGACGAAUCGGAUUCUAGAGGGCGGCCGGCAAGUCGAUGGUGGGAAGCAGAUUCUUCAGGCGAGGCCAACCAACGCCUAGAAAGGUCGAAGAGGGAAUCCAAGUAUAUGGGCGUCCCGAAGGAAGCUCGCGAGGCUUUGCAGUGGGUGGACAGCCCUAGACGUGCUGACCAGUACCCGCCAAACGAUUCGGGAUCUCCAAACGAUUACCCUCCAGAGAAGGCAGGCUUGAUCGACCAAGAGCAGGUCCGAACCCCGCAGAACUUCCGCCACUCCGCACUUAGCAUCGCAACAGCAUCCUCACAACCGAGCACUCCGAACCCGUCGCACCUCGAUAUAUCGAGACUGGUAACACUACCCCCGCCAUAUCCUAGGCACCACCCCGCAGUCAACAAUAAUCAUCCAGACCUACAAGAGAUUCGGGCCGUGGUUCGGACUCUCAGUGACCUCGAGGAAGUCAAAUCUACCAAGGAAAGGUUUUUAAAAGAGAGCGACCGGCGUCGGCAGGAGCUUAAGAAGCAAGCGGCGGAGCAUCGACAGGCCCUCCGAAUCAACUUGCAGGAAGAGAUCAACUCCGGAAAUAUGUCAUAUGCGGAAGCGGCCGCCAUCGAUGCCGAUGCCACGGAGGCCGAGAAGGGCCGGACGAAAGAGCUGGAGAAGGUCGAUUUUGAGAAGUUCCAGAAGCAGGUCGUCGCGCCGAUCAACGAGCUCCUCACCACGAGAAUUGCGCGCUCUACCCAGCUCCUCGACGAUCUCUCCGGUGGGCUAUUCAAUAAUAUCGAGAAUGCCGCGGAUAUGCCACAGGAGGAAGGAGACGACAAGCCCGAACUUCUCGAAAAGCUGACGCUACUGAAGUGGAUUUUCGAAGCGCGGGAAACGCUUCACAAGGCGAUUUAUGAUUUGCUCAGUGACCGUAACGACCGAUAUAAGGCCGUAAUCACGACCCCCUACCGGCUUUCGGGCAACGUGGAGAAGCUGCGUUCUGCCGAGGCGUUUUUCAAGGAAGACGCGGCGAAGAGAGCGUACGUCUUCGCAACCGAGGUACUCACGCGGAUGGAGGAGUUCGAGAAGGUGAUAUCGGAGAAUGUGUCCCGCGGCGUCGAGGUUCAGCUAUCCGCUUUCUGGGAUAUCGCGCCCAACAUCAGCCGACUCCUCGACCGCAUCCCCAACAACCUUUCGGGAUUCCGUGUGCAGAUCCCCGCCGACGAAUUUGACGAGAACCCGUCCUACCACGAGCACCCUCUCCAGUACCUCUUCAGCCUCGUGCUGCACGCCGAGAAGAGCACCUACCAGUUCAUCGAGUCGCAGACGAACCUCCUCUGUCUCCUCCACGAGGUGCGCGAGGCCGUGACACACGCGAAGAUCAAGGUCAUCGAGGCCGAGGUCGACGAGGACGGCAAUCCUCUGCCGAGCGCCGACAGGGAGGGCCGCGCGAGGCAGAUGAAGGAGAGCGAGGGCCAGAGGCUGACGGACGAUUUGAAGGAGAAAGUGCGCAUCGUUCAGGACCAGUGGAACGAGUCCCUCGGCGAGGCCAUUCGGCAUGUUAAGGAGAGGGUUGGUGGCUGGCUCCUGGAGACUGGUGGUUGGGAUGAGCAGCUUGAGGAUGGCGGUGUGGGCGUCGCUUAA